AUGGAUUUGGACUUUGAUGAUGAACCUGCUGCACCUGCAGCUAGGGCUGGUGCAAAGUUUAAGCCAAGAGGGAGACCACAACCCAAGAAGAAGCAAGUUUCUGUCUCAAUUUCUCAGCCAACAACAACACUCUCUACUGAUGUUGCCAAGGAGAAUCUCUCAACACAGAGCGAACAUCCGGUUUCUAUUGAUGCGUCAUCGACUUAUCCAAGCGAUGUUUCAGCUUCUGAGACUAUUGUUUCCCCUGAUGGUGGAAUUACUAACCAAUCCGACAUGGGAACUAUAUCUAAAGAGAGUGUCUCAGGAGGGGUUUCUGGUCUUCGUGCUUGUACUAACUUAAAUUCAGAGGGAAAAAGAUGUGAUGAUGGCAAAGAGGCGGAAACUGCAUAUCCUGAUGAUCCCAGAAGACAAGAUUCUGCAACGUUUGGAGAUUUUGUUACUAGUGAAACGGAUGAAGUUAUUAAUGAUCAAACUCAAAGGAUGCAAACUGGAGAUGAAGAAGGAGAAUGCCAUUGGAACAUGGAAUCUCUUGAUAUUGUACAAGACGAAGGCAUCACCAGUACAUAUGAGAAACAUGCUGGAAAGUUCCAACCAAAGCCUAGAUUGCUCGACACUGUGAUUGAAGAACCUGAGUUGCAUUACUCUGUUGAUGACACAACUGGUGCUAACCAGUCUGAGUUUAUGGUCAAUGAGGAAUCAAGAAACGAUGAAUUCAAUACGGAUACUACAGGUUAUCAAGAAGAAGAACAUAAUAUUCCUGAAGUCCCCAGAGAACCGGCUCCUGGCGUAUUGGAACAAGAACAUCAUGUUGUCUCACCUAGUAAUAACAAUACAACUAUAGGAGAAGGAGAAACUCAGUCUAAUGAAGCGGAAGCACGUACUGACAAAAAGGGAAAAAGGAAGAGAGGUCGAAAGAAGAAAACCACUGGUGAAGGAGAAGAACCUAAUAAGUCUCCUGAGAAGAAGAAGAAGUUCAAGCAUUCAAGUCGUCGACAGAAAAACAGAACAUUGGAGAAGGAAUUGCUUGAAACCCCAGAUGAUGAAAUCAAACAUCUGCCUAUUAGAGAUAUGCUUCGCCUUGUUGCAUAUAGAGAAUGGCUGGAGAAAAAAGAAGCAAAGGGAGCUCCUCCUGUUGCGCCGCCGACCCAAGAAAGUAAUACAAACGCAUCAGAGGAUAACCAGUAUUAUUAUCAAGGUUUUGACGCAGAAGACGAGUUUGGUAUGGAGGAGGGAGAAAAUCAAGAAAAUCACGUAGAAGUUAAACCAGACUCACCGGUUAACUAUCAAACGUACAUGAACAAAACUCCCAGAACUCGAUGGUCAAAACAGGACACACAACUCUUCUAUGAGGGAAUUCAAGAGUUUGGGAGCAAUCUAUCGAUGGUUCAACAACUCUUUCCUGAAAGAACGCAUCAACAGAUCAAACUGAAAUACAAGUUGGAAGAACGCAAGAAUCCAUUGAAGCUUAAUGAUGCAUUAUCAACACGCUCCAAAGAGCUUAAACUUUAUCAUGGUGUGAUUAAGAAGCUUCAACAAGAAGCUGCAGCUGCAAAGGAAGGAGAAGAGGGAGAUGAAGAAGAAGAAGAAGCUGGAGAGGAUGCAGAGACAACUACUGAUGUUCCUGAGAAUGAGCAGCAGACAAAGUCUGAGAAGACUGAUGAGCGAGCUGGUGAUGGAGUAGCUGGAGUUAAGGAAUCAGACGGUGGGGAUGUUGAGAAUGGCGUAAGAUCGGACGGUGGAGAUGAGUUCGACGAAAAUGAGGGAGAUGAUGAUGAUGAUUUUUGGAAUUCUUAUAAAAGUGAGAUGUAA